UCAACGGACAAUCUUGGCACUUGCCAGCUGCCAACCCGGGACAGACCAUGCAAGUUCUCUUGUGCGUGUUUGCAAGCUGGCCGUGGCCGAUACCUUUUCCCCUACCAAGAUCCACCCCACUACCCUCAUUCAACGAGAAGAACUUCGUAUGUCUGUGCUUGAUGAUCGCGAGUUUUUCCGCCUUGCAGCCCUCGCAGAUUCGAGCUUUCUUGAUAUCGAUUUGGCGCCAUGGGCAUCCGCGGCAGAAAAGCAACUGUUGAACUUGCGUGAUAUUCCGGCUGUCCGAUUGAGAGGCGCUUCUCUGGACACCUGGACGUGGUGGUGGGCCCAUGUUGCGGGAGUUGGGAAGGGGGCUGGUGUGUGCACGGUGCAGUGCUUGUGGGCGUGGAUGCGAGUGGAACUGGGAUUGGGCAUCAGGCAUGAUGGGGCUCGAACCAGCAUUCGAAAUCGUGGAGGCGGAUUGGGGGGAAGGACCCGUGACAGGACUCGGAGAUGUGAAGUACGAAGAAGGUUUGGAAGGAGGAACGAGAGGACUCGAGGCAAUAUUCGGAGUCAAAGUGUUGGACAGGGUGUCAGGAGGAGACAUGCCUGGAAAGAUUCCGGAAGGGCUCGAGGGCCUUCGCGCAUUGGGUUGUGGUGGCAGCUUGUGGGCGCCAUUGGUCAGCGCAGUGACAAAAUUCGGGCUUGGAAGAUUCGCAUUGCCUCCUCCCGCGAUCUGCUGACCGGUGAAAAUCCCGAGCCCAUGGAUAGGAGCACUAGCAGGAUUUGGAGGACUACUGCCGCGCGGAUGAGGUCUGGUAUUGGUGUUAUUCGACGCAGUUGCUUUGUUCCGCAAUGGAGAACUUGUAGAAGGACCAGUAAGACUCCCAAUUUGUUGCUGGCCAUUCGAGUUUCGGCGCUGCGCGGUUGCCAAGUUUGCUGGAGUUGGAGAACUGUUGCCAUUUGGUCGAGGUUUUGCGUUGGAAUUAUUCGAAGUGGCUGUGCUCUUUGAUAUGGUUGUGGGUCCGAUGAUUCCUCCUGAUUUUGUCAGAGUGAUUACUUAAACCAAUGGUUUAUUGGCAGGAGUCUGAGGGGGCAACGGACGAUUACCACUGUUUGAGAGACGUCUCUGAUUGGAGGCGUUAGCCACGGUCCCUUCCGGCAAGCUAUCGGUUUCGUUCAGCAUAUUUGGAGGUCGUGCAUUCGGACCACUACUGGGACGUCCCUGAGUG